AUGAUGUCCUCAAAGAUCACAGGGAACAUGGAAAAGAGCAGGAAGACCAUUAUCCGCUGUAGUGACAGACACCACAGGCCUCCCUCACAAAAGGAGAGGGGAGGGCGCAACACAGGCUGGAGCAGAGGGAAGAAGCUGGAACACAGGCUGGAGCAGAGGGAAGAAGCUGGAACACAGGCUGGAGCAGAGGGAAGAAGCUGGAACACAGGCUGGAGCAGAGGGAAGAAGCUGGAACACAGGCUGGAACAGAGGAAAGAAGCUGGAACACCGGCUGGAACAGAGGGAAGAAGCUGGAACACAGGCUGGAGCAGAGGGAAGAAGCUGGAACACAGGCUGGAGCAGAGGGAAGAAGCUGGAACACAGGCUGGAGCAGAGGGAAGAAGCUGGAACCCAGGCUGGAACAGAGGGAAGAAGCUGGAACACACGCUGGAGCAGAAGGAAGAAGCUGGAACAGAUGUGCCCGCUGCAGCUCUGUUUCUAAUGAUGCAGUUUCGGUGCCACUCAUUGAAGGAGAAGGCGCUGGUCCCGGCGUGGCGGCGGUACCUCCGGGUGACACCUCCUCCAGUCAGCAGCAGCGUGACGGCUCGGGCCUCAUUAGAGCAGCGUCCAGCCAGCACCAGGCACAUCGCACACACACUAAUGACAUCCUGA